GCAGAGCUUCAUCUGCGCUCCCUCCGACUACAGGAGUGAGAAGACUUGAAUGGAGAUGAAGAGCAUUUUGAAAUCAGAAAGACGGACGCUCAAGGCGGAAAAUUACAGCACCAAGCAGAGCAGCUCUAUCGGGGCCCUGCGCUGGGCCCUCCCUGAGGAGAACAUCCAGGUCCACAGCUCUGCCCCCAGCGGACCCAUCAGCAGCCACAACCUCACUGGACAAUCCCAGCAUCACCCUCGCAAGAGCAGCCUGAAGGAUCUGCGCAGCCUGCAGGAGUGUGUAGAGUUCAUCCUUCACUGGAAGGAGCAAGUGGAGCAGGUUUGCAAGCGCGAUGGAGGCCAUGAAGAGGCGGGAAGCAGCAGAGGGCAAGCCCAGAAGUCGGAGUCCCGCGCCGAGCGCAGUCUGGAAGAAAGCCGGAAGCUCAUUUUGGAGUGGGCCAGCGAACUCAACCACGCGGACAAGCUCCUGAAGAAAAACCCUGUGACUCCUGAGUGCAAAGAGCAUGAGAAAGACUCGGAGGCUAAAGAAGCACAGCUGAGGAUCAUGGAUUGGGCCAAGGAGCUGCAGAAGGUCUCUGAGAACUGCGGCGUGCCGAGUGACCAGCUGGGCAAAGUGCUGCGCCUGCUGGGCCUGAAGAAGAAACGGCUCGUCAGCAUGCUGCCGCUGCUGGAGUUCAUCACAUGGUCGCUCCUCAAGGAAGACAGCGCGAUGAUGAUCCCACAGUUAUGGUUACUGGUGAAGCAGCGCACGUGGAUAGCCGGAACUUCAAGAUACAUCCCCAACUCAGUUUGGAACUGGAUCUGCAGUGCAGCAGCGGACGUGAUUCUGGACCCCAUGACCAACCACCCGUGGCUGAACCUCUCCGAGGACCAGCGUCAAGUCCAGGAGGCUCUGUCACAGGCCGACCAUCCCUACAGUUCGCAGCGCUUCGACGGUUGGGCCUGCGUGCUAGCCUGGGAAGGCUACAGCCGAGGUCGCCACUACUGGGAGGUGGACAUCGCCAACAGCGGCUACUGGCGGCUGGGACUGACCACGGCGAACUCCAAGCGCCACGGUCGCUUCCCCAUGACCCCGAAGACAGGCUACUGGUGCCUGUGGCGCAUCCCGCACCAGUUCUAUGCCUGCACCAAGCCCGAGACGCCGCUACCCGUCGGCCUGGUGCCGCGGCGGAUGGGGGUCUACCUCGACUACGAGGAAGGGCAAAUCUCCUUCUACAACGCCGAAACAAAGUCCCACAUCUACACAUUCACCGGAAAGUUCAAAGAGAAGGUGUACCCGCUCUUUGCGCCUUUAGAUGGCAACACUCUCAUGACGGUCAUUCCACAGCAAAACAACAAAGCCAGUGGCUUUUAAACUUUUUUCACCAAGUACCAUCUCCGAAAGCACUUGGCUCUCCAAGUACCACCAUAGGGACCGACAUUAAAACCCAGUCGCGUAGUAUUCAUUUAAAACAUGGCAGAGGUUUCAUAUUUUUGGCCACUGUAUCAUUACACACAAUGCAUAUAAACAUCAACAAUGAUACUCCAAAUAUAUUUACAGACUUCUUUGGUGUACCACUUGAUCGAGCCCAUUCAUGGUACGCGUACCACAGUUUUGAGAAUCACUGACCUAAGCUAGUCUUGGACAUCUGUAGCGUCAACUAGUUAGUUUAAAAGAACAAAACAAAACCAAAACACACAGAUGUGUUCGGACAUCAUAAAGAUCUCAAGAGUACUCAAGGUUAUUACCAAUAAAUUGUCAGGAACUGGUGGUGACAAAACCCAAGAUGCAGAGAUGGCAGGCGUGGUGGAGGAAAACAUGACUUUAAUGUCCAAGGGAAUCAGGCAGGAAAACAGGA